GCUGAACAUUUUCACACCUCUUACACGACGCCGGGCAAGAAUGGUGAGGACAUACUAGUGUGUUAUUUUGGAGAGCCACUCACAAGGGCACUGGAAUCUAUAUAUUCAGCUUCUUUGUGUCCUUCUCAUCGUGGAAAAAGCAGCCAGCCGGUAGUUUCAUCCCAUAGUGUGUAAGAGGGAGACACAAGAAAAGCUAAGCUAUGUCUGAAGGGAAGUCGAGACCCAAAAUAUCUGCAUCUCGCAGACUGUUUUUGAAGACCAAAAUGCUAAAGAAGGCCAUGGUGUUGCUGGAGAAUGACAAGCAAGUAAGACAAGAGGAACGGGAAAGAAUUCUGUCUGAGAAAGUUCCAGAACUUCAGAUGUCAAGCCUGUCUGCACAGGAACUGCAAAGUCUUUGCAAAGAGCUUCACCAGAAGAUCGACACUGUCGAUGAGGAUCGUUAUGACAUUGCUUUAAAGGUGGCCAAAAAUGAUAUAGAGUUGCGGGACCUGUCUCAGAAGAUCUAUGAGUUGAAGGGGAAGAUGAAAAGGCCGACCCUGAAACGGGUGAGGGUGUCUGCAGACGCCAUGUUGGGAGCGCUGCUGGGCGCCAAAGUCAAAGAGUCGGUGGACUUCAAGGCUAACCUCAAGACUGUGAAGAAAGAGGAGGAGAAGAAAGAGGAAGUGACGGACUGGCGCAAGAACGUGGACGCCAUGUCGGGUAUGGAGGGCAGAAUGAAGCUGUUCAAUGCUGGCCAGUAGACAUUGGGCCUGUCGUCUUGGCGAAGGCAUUUGGCACCCGACCAUGC